GCGCGGUGCUCCGCGCACCGCGUCUGCGCAGGCGCUCACUCCGCGUCUGCGCGCGCCCAGAAGAGCAUGGACCCCGAGAAGGCUCCCAUUCCCGAGUUUCUCGCCAAAGCGGAAGACGAAAACUCAGCGGUUGGCCAGCAGCUCCGGUCGGUGACAUGGAACCUAGACUCGCCCACUGCCGGUGCGGUCGCCCCUCAGGCGACCACCAGUCCUGGCACCUACCCGGCGUCGGCCUUCUUCCGGCACAGUAGGCUCGGUAACCGCCGGGACACUCACGUAGGGAGCCAGCCGAAGAUUUGCUUCCUGCGGCCGCGGACUGCGCAGCCGCUCGUUUUCUUCAGCUUAAUGAAUUCCAGUGAAGCAGCAAUGAAAAAAUUUUUACCCAAGAGCCACUUAUCUCGGGUGAUAAUACGUGACAACCUCAGUGCACAGCGAAUCUAUGAGAUGGAGAUAAGAGCUGCAGACAAGACCAAGAAAAAGAUGAACCACUUGUAUGACCACCUGAAAAAGAAAUUCAUGACAGACCAGCUCAGAAAGUUGGGGCGCUGGCGACGGGAAUCCACAAACAUCCGGCAGUACCUGGAUACCAUCCGAGGGAACAAGAUCCUAUUAAAAGCUCAGCCUAACAGGAAAGAUCAGCCACCCUAGUCAAGGCAGAGUGGUCCAUCCUGGGGCCAUGACGAUGCUAGGCUGACCGGAGACAAGCUGGAAGCGAGCCAGUCUACACUAUUGUGGAACAGCAAUAAAUGAGACCCGUGGACAGUGGAGCACAAA